CAAGGUUGUCAGGGAGAUGCUUAAAAAAAGGAAGAGAUAAUUUCAGAAACACCCUGCUGUCAAACAACUGGUGAUGGUUUAGUUGGAUGUAAAAUAGCUGACAGACAACCUGUUGUAAACCUGUUAUCUGAUGCAACACAUUGGUAGUGUGGUAAUAGUUUAGUAGUAACAGUGAUAGUAGUAACACUGAUACACAACAGGAUAGUAACUGAGGAGUAGCUGUUCAGAAUGAAUAUCCUCCACGUUGUCUACUGCUGUCUCCUCUCUGGUCUGUGUGUUGAGGCUUCACCUUACGGUGUGCUGAAAGUAGAAGGAGGAUACGUCACUUUCUCCUGUUUUUUCGGAUGGUCAGAGAACAACAACAAGUUCAUCUGCAAGAAGACGUGUUCUGAUGAAGAUAUUCUGGUUGAAACUAAAGGGAGCAGGAAUGUAACUCAAGGUAGAUACAGUAUAACUGAUAAUGGAAAUGGAGUCUUCUCUGUGACCAUCAAGGACCUGAAGAAGUCAGACUCUGGGGAAUACUGGUGUGGAGUGGAGAGAUCUGUAAAGGACUCAUACAAAGAGUUGUAUCUGUCAGUUAGAGAUGCUGAAAACCCAAUUGUCAACCUCAGACCUCAUGUCACCACAACACUCCCAAACCUCUCAACAACAUCCAUCAUCUCUACAACAGUACCAAACCUCUUAGCAACAUCCUUGGAUAUACAUACAACGCUUCCGACAUUUACAAACAUCCACGGUCUCUCUUCAUCAGGAGAAGGUACUACUUCGUACUCUGAUGGUACAUUGACUGCUGGUACUACUUCGUACUCUGAUGCUAGAGUGACUGCUGGAACUCCAGUUGUUUUCAUUGUCUGUGUGAGUCUGGCUGUUUUGGCGUUGGUACUCAUCCUGUUACUGAUCUGUAAAUGGAGGAGAGACAGGAAUUCAUCAACACCUCAAGACUACACCUACCAAACCCUCAAUACAAAACUUUAAGAUUCUACCUACCAGACUUUCAUCCAAAACAAAACAUACCCAAAGCAGAAGUCUUCAAAAAUAUCUUACAAUUACUGUGCACAAGCAAAUACAGGUGAUAAUUUUUUGUGUACUACAUCAACAAAUGUUUUACUAUGUCAUCCAUUUUCCAUUCAUACCCAACAUCCUGAAGAAAGAAAAUACUCUCACUUUCUCAAUGUGUUAUACAAUGGGUUUGUGUAUAAUGUCAUGAAUCAUGUUAGCGCUGUAACCAUCAUGCACCAUAACCUCCAAUUAUUGUUAACAGUAGAUUACUGUAAUUGAACAUAGAGCUAUGUAUAUCUGAGCUGUAUUUUCAUCGCCUUGAUUGUUUGUCUCCUCAGCUAAAACAAACAUGAUAACUUUUGGAACAGAGAAAUUGAAAUUCAACUACUCUCAGACCUCUAUAUUUCAACAUAGACCAAUGGUGUUCUGUGUCAUUGAACAACGGGCAGAGAACUUGAGGUCUUUCAUUAGUUCUCAGAAUGAAAUUACAAAAUGUAUAAUACUGUUGUUGGAAAAUCUGUUUGGAUUAACCACUGUAAUGAUGCUAUAAUUAUCAGUGUGUCAUCAUUAUUUCAAAUUGUUGGCUGAAAUAAACAUGGUUACUUUAGAACAGGGAAGUUGACUGUAAUAUUAGUUUUUGCCAGACCAUUUAAGCGGAGCUGGCCUAGAAGAGCGAAUGUCUCUUAUUGGUGGCCUGGUUCCUUUUUCUGGUUCAUCGACUGAGAUUACACCCCUUUCUCAAAAGUAGGGAACUAGGGUGUAAUUUUGUUCCACAGCUGACUGAGUUCUCUACAGGUCCUGGUGUGAAGUAGGGCACUGUGUAGUGAAUAGGAUGUCAUUUGGGACACAGAAACACAUAUAGACUGAGUUCUGCUAUGGUUUAGAAGUCUAACAUUCAACCAGUUUGAACCAUUUUCAAUGUGCAGCACAUUUUCCCCUUUCACAUUGACUUAAAUACAGAUAAAACAACAGUUGACAUGUCUUUAUUCUUUGUUUUUGUGUUUAUCAUCUUUCUCUUUUUCCUCUUGCUUCAGCCAUGUAUUGAUAUUUCUCAUUUAAAUGAAGCCCUUUAUGUAACGAGGACUCGCGUGGCAGACGCACGCCCUCUCCCCCGGCGUGUGUCUCCCACAGCUCUGUCAUGUCUUGUUAUUGCCCACAACUGGUGUCCAUUCCCUCAUUAGGUUACCUUUAUUAGUUCCUGUGUUUCUGGGCGUCUUUGUUAGGUAUUGUUCUAUGUUUGCACGUUAUGCGCUCUUGUUUUACCCGUGCCAUUUUUCAAGGAUAAAAGAAACAGCUAGUUGAACUACCUCCCUGCGCUUGGCUCCCUUAUUUAUAUACACACCUCGACAACACCUGUGACACUUGUUAUGGACAUUUUGAACUAAGGUACAUUUGAGAAAUGUCUGUCUUUCUAUUGGCUGGUAUGU